AUGUCACGCACACGUGAUGUGACAUUCCCGCGUCCUGCCCCUCUUUACCUUACUUCGUUUAUCCACAAUCACCCAGCGGCUCAUCUCUGGCUGUCAAGUAUACUAGAAGUCCGAGUUCAAUAUUAUCGAGAUAUCCAAACGUGCCAGCGAGUUACCACAAUCGCAGAGCUUCGUCAGACCUGCGGGCCGCUUCUUUCUUCUGAACAAGAUGUCUUUACCGACCUCACGGUCUCAGGAGAGAGCUAUUUCGCAGGCAUAGAAAAGAAGAUUGUUAUCACGCGCCAGCUCCUCCAUUUUCUGCCAGCGGAAAAGGACCUUUCUCAUAUGAAAACUCUUGCCCAUCCCGUUCGCCAACUCCCGGACGACGUCUGGAAUGAAAGUUUCAGUUACUGGGCCUCGGCAUUUGAUCAUUGUAAAGAUGAGUUCUUCGUCUCUGGGAUCCAGCCUGCGACGACGUUAAUUACUGCGUUUCAACCUCCUACAGGAUUCCACUCGCAAACAUCCCUUGAUCUGCUUUACGGUACGCUUAUUUGCAUCACUAAAAAGUGA